AUGAAUUCUUUCAAGAUGAUGUACUGCAAGCGCUGCAGUGGUUAUAUACAAUCUAAUUUACAUGCGAAAUUUGAGGACAACAUCAAUUACAUCAACAGCCAGAUCAACUUACCAAAUGGAGUCUCAGCAUCACAAAACAACAGCGCCAUGGAUUUAAGCAAGAUGCUAAACCAACCAAAUGCCCCACUCUCUCUUUAUAGGAGCUUCCACCCGCUUAAUCCUCCUGCCAGCCAGGAGCAAGGUAGCUCUGAAUCCACAGGGCUGGUUUGUCACGGCUUGAAUGGAACUACUGCACCCGGUCACUCACAGCAAAUCAACAAAGGAUGCAGUGUCCUUUUAUGCUGUUGUUUGAACCUUAACAACAACACAAUCCCAUGCUCAAAGCACAAGCACGACAACAAAGUUAAACAUUCAAACAACAAUAACAACCCAAAAGAACAACCUAACUAUAAGGUUACACCUGUGGGCAACAGCCACAGCAUGGGGAACUACAGCACAAGCACGCAACCCUCUCUUCCGCAAACUUCUAAGAAGUUUGCUCAAGCUGAAGAUUGCAAGCGAUCUGAACAUGACCAGAAAUCUAACCACAUGGACAACCCAUUUGGCUAUUGGGCUGGCCGUUUCCAUGCCCCACACUGGCCAACCUUUGCACUAUCAUAUUUGGACGAUGUGAAGCGCCUAGUUGGGCAACACCUUGGCGAGGAUUGGCAAGGUGACUUGCAGGUUUGGAAUGCAGAUGAACAGCUCUGGUCAAUGGAGGAUAAAGAAUUAUGA